CUUUGAAAGGUGGACACGUGACCUUACUUUGACUGGAAAAGCUGCGUGUUCAAGGUGAGAGGAGUCGAAUUUUCUUAAUAAUACUCAGGAAUACUGUGGUUUAAAAUAUUCUAUCAACUGUACAGAAAUAAGACAACCAACUACUUAAUCUCUUUUAACAAUGUUGACUGAUUUGCUCUUAUUCUCUCGCUAGCUUAGCUCGUCCGUAUUUUGGUUCAUGUCGGCUACUGUAACCAGACAUCGGUUGCAUGUUUUCUGCCCGUGGUUUGACAUUUAACGCAGAUUUUUGCUAUCCUGAGCCCAUUUAGACUGACUUUGCUUCGUAAACAGUGUGAAACUAGUUAACCCUAAGAACAGUGUCGCUAAAGUUAGUAACACCGUCACUAUCGCUGGGUGAUUUUUUUACCUGAAACAAUAUACACAAGAAAAAGUACUUCUCAUCAAAAUAGGAAAAUGCAUGACAAAUUGAAGCAGUUUUCUUUUAUUUAUAACUGUGCAAUGUCCAAAGGGAGGGAAAAAGUGCCAUGAGGGGACCAUAUUAAAAUGCAACAAAAUAACUGAAAUUAGGCAUUCAUGAACAAAAAAAUCCUAAAAAAGAAAGAAAAAUAUAUAAAUAGUAAACUUAGUUUCUUUUCCGUCUUUUGUGUCUUUGGGGAAGACAGAAAAAAAAAUGGUGAAAUCAGCUUUUGAUGCCUUUUCACAAUAAGAAUAAAACAGAAUACAGGGUUUCAGUAAAUGUUAUGCACUAAAUGUUUAUCAAUUACUGCAGUCCUUAAGCGCCAAAUCAUGAGUUGAUAGUCAAAUAUUCAUUAACAGGUCUGAUCACGGCUGAUUGUUUGCUGGUGAAUCCCUGAAUGUAGCAUUACUAAAGCAUAACUUUAUUCUUUAAUGAAUCUGAAAUAUUUCCAUUCAACAGGUUUCUCUGUUGCAGAGGAGGCAACUGCUCUUCUGACACCAUGGGGGUGUUAUCGACUCUUUUCAGGGGUCUGGUAAGGGGAGCGGACAGGAUGUCUGAGUUCACCAGCAAGCGUGGAUCCAAUACUCAUCAUAAAAGCAGGGGGACAAGAAUGGCCGGACGGAGGCUUUCCAGCGGAAAGUUUGUGCCCAUACCAGCCAUGAUCCCUGAGUUUGUGGUGCCGAACUUGGAAGGGUUUAAACUCAAACCUUACGUAUCAUAUCGCGCCCCACGAGGAACAGAGCCUCCACUUACAGCGCAAAGUGUGUUUGAUGAAGCUGUGGCCCCUCAGAUCAGGAAUGACUUCAAAGAGGGCAAAUUUAGCCGCGAUCAGCUGGAGAAAUAUGGACGUGAGCCAACACAGGAGGGGAAGCUCUUCAAGCUGUAUCCCAAGAACUAUGUGCGCUAAAAAUGCUCUUCAGUUAUGUUUUUUUCAAAGAAGUGCACUGACUGCUGAUUAUGAAAGCUUCAGACCAACUGAUGGGGCACUUACAGGAGAAUCAUCUAUACGAAAUAUACACUUCAUACUAGUUUGUGUUGUUUUUGUUACUUUUUCAUUGCAACAUAAAUCUUCAGGGGCUUGAUGCCAAAAUAAAAGUUGUCUUAAAAUCCA